AUCCUCUUCUUCUAUCUCAGGUGGCUUUGGUUCUGAGUAGUGUGUAGAGUAGAAACAGAGCCAUGGCGUCAGUGUCGAGAGUUUUACCGGCGACGAGAAGGGUUUUGUUGAUUCCGAGUACCUCUCAGUCUCGGCGUUGGCUAAGCAGUAACCAAUCUAGCUUGCUUCUGAGGUUGAUGGAGGAACCCACAUCCCGAAUCAAAACCCUACUUGCUUCUGCGGCGGAGGAAGACCCUGCUCUUUCCUGGGAAUCCCUCCUUACUUCUCUCGCAUCUUCUUCCUCUCGUGAAAAAACCCACUUGGUUCUGGAGUGGAAAUUGGAGAAGUUGGUAAGGGAGAAUGAGAGAGAUAAUGCUCGCUACUCGGAGCUGAUAUCUCUGUGUGGAAUAGUGAGGAACCUCCCACUUGCAAUGCAGGUCUUUUCUUCUAUGGAGGCUAAUGGAGUUAGACCCAUUUGUGCAGUUUUCAAUUCCCUCAUACGUGUUUGCUUCUCUUCUGGGAACUUGUUCACAGCUAUCAGCCUGUUUGAGAUUAUGGAGAGCUCAGAGGGGUUCAAACCCAACUCCGACACAUAUGAUGCUUUCAUUUCUGGUUUCUUGAAGUUGGGGAGAACGGAGAAGAUGCAAGCUUGGUACUUUGCCAAGAAAGCUGCUGGCUUGGAAUCUGAUAUUGAAACCUAUCAGUCUUUGAUUUCGAGUUGUGUCAAGUUGAGGAAUUAUGAGCUUGCUGAUACGUUUUACAGAGACAUGGUGUCAUCAGGAAUCAUGCCUAAUUUGCCCAUAUUAGAGUGUAUGCUUGAAGGGCAUUGUAAGAGGAGAAGCUGUGCAGAUGUCAAAGAUUUAUUGGUAAUGGUGUGUGGUUAUGGGUGGAAGGUUAGUGAAAAAAUGGCUGAGAUGGUUGUGGGGUUGCACAUUGAACUUGGGAAGGUGAAACCAUUGGAGGAGCUACUCGAGAUUUUAAGGGAAACAGAUCAGAGUUUGGAGGUUUUGUCGUCGAUACACUGUGGGAUUAUAAGGAUGUGUGCCAUGAUGGAUAGAUUGGAUGAUGUAGAGUACUCUGUGGGAAGAAUGUUGAAACAAGGAUUGUCAUUUAAACACAAGGAUGAUUUAGAGAAGGUGAUAUGCUCGUAUUUCAGGCUCUUGGAGUACGAUAGGCUGGAGUUGUUCUUGGAAUGCAUCAAGGGUUCUUAUGAACUUACAGAUUCAACUCAUGAUUUGCUGGUUGCUGGGUAUCGAAGAGCUGGGUUAUCCGACAAGCUGGAUGAUCUGAAACUUGGUCGUGGAUCAAAGCAUCCCAUACAUUACAAGAAAAUAAGUGCUUGAAGAAGAAGACAGUACUACAUUCCUACUCUUGUAACUUAAUCGUGGGCACCUAGCUUAGCUUAGUUGUCACCUUCUCCAUCCAAUUGCACAUGUUUGUAUGUUUCAGCAAGACACUGCCAAUAAGAAAAGCCAAUCAGAGUAGACUUCUAUAUGAAUAUGAGAAUAUCGGUGGUCCUUUGAGGCUUACAUGUUUGCUCAGUCUGACUUGUCCAGAAUGGGUGAGAGCUUUAGGCUCCAGUAGCAUGAUUGCUUGUGCAUUCUGAGCCUAAAGUGGUACACACUACCAGUUUGAGUCAGUGGAAAGUGAACUGGAAUUCCACUCGAAACAAAACUAGAGCAAGCAGCAACUAGUAGUAGUGAUCACAGAUUCACAGUUCACGUCCUCAUUGAAAUAUAAUAAGAAAAGGAUUAGUUGUAUAUCCUUGGAAUAAACGUUAAAAAAUGAUCAAUGUCGUUCACGGGCGCCGUUGAGUUAUUCUGCAUUUGCUAUAGGCUGUUAAGGAUCUCAAGUAACAAAUUCCAACAAGAAUCUUACUAUCUUACUUACAAUGUCCUCACCGCCGUGGUCUCUGCCUCCGGCUGCCGCUCCUAUCACCACACAACCACCUCUGCCACCUUCACAGUUACCAGUAAUAGGAGCACCUCCGGCAUUGCCUCCACCAUCCCCACAGUCACCACUUUUCGUGUCCCCGCCAUCUCCACCUACUAGUCCUCCUGCCCUGUCUCCUGCACACAACUCUAUUCCUCCUGUUUCAUCACCAUUGCCAACUGUGGUCACACCUCCACCACCCUCAGUCACAUCUCCACCUCCGCCUUCUGUCAUCUCUCCUCCUCCACCUUCACUAACCUCUCCGCCGCCACCUUCAAUAUCACUACCAACUCCAUUGCCAUCAAAACCUUCUCCAGCUCCAUCUCCACCUCAACAGCCUACAGUAUCACCACCACCAUUACCAACACCAAAAACACCACAUCUCUCUCCUCCAACAAAACCACUAACUUCUCCACCGCCGCUGGCAUCCUCAACAACUCCAAUCAACAACUCUCCACCACCUACAUUGUCAGCUCCCCUACCUCCCGUGACCGCCAUUACUCCUCCACACCUACCUCCGGUGACUGCUAGUACUCCUCGACCUCUUUUAGCCACUCCAAGCAGCAGCCCUCCUUCACCUGAUUUAGCAACUCUGCUUCCACCAGCAGCCAGCUCUCCUAAACCGCCGCUCACGUUGGCAAGAAAUCUGCCACCGUCGCCAAGUAAUACUGUAACACCUUUGCCAACAACAGCAUUGCCCCCACCUCCGUUGUUCCAUUCACCAUCACCCUCCUUGUUGCCUGCACCCUUGCAAGUUCAGAAGCCACAACCAAAA